AUGUCCAUUAUUCCUUUUGCAAAACAGUUUCUUCGUUUUUUCUUUCUUUUUUCUUUUCUUUCUUUCUUUUCUUUAGACACUUUAUUCGUUCUGUUUCUUCUUUUCUGUUUUCUUUCUUUCAUUAUUUUUUUCUAUCUUCCUUCUUUCAUACGUUCUUUUUUUCUUUUCUUUCGUUCUUUCCUUUUUCUUUCUUUCUUUUAUUUAGACUAUAAGUUUUUUUCAUUUUUCUAUCUUUCUUUUUUCUUUCUUUCUACCUUUUAUUUAAUCAGUCAGUUUAAUUGUUCUACUGUGAGUAUCAUCGUUCUUUUUCUUCUUUCUUAUUUUCAUUCUUUUUUUUUAUACUUCCUUUCUUUUUUCUACAUUUUUUUCUUUUUUUUAGCCAGUGAAUAUAUUCGGUCUUUCUCUUUCUUUAUUUUUGUAAAAUCUUUCUUUUAUUUAGACAGUGAGUAUUUCUUUUUCAUUCAUUCUUACCAUUUUUCUUUCGUUCUUUCUUUCUUUUGUCUUCUAUUUAGACAUGAGUUUAUUCUUUUUCCUUUUUCAUUCUUACUUCCUUUACUGUCUUUCUCCGUUUUAUUUAGAAAGUGGGUAUCUUCAUUCUUUUUCUUUUAUUGUUCCUUUUUUAUACCAUACUUUCUUUCUCCCUUUUAUUUAGAGACUGAGUUUCUACGUUCAGUUUCUUUCUUCCCAUCUUUCUUUCUAUACUUUCUUGAGUUUCAUUUUUCUCUCUUUUUUUACUUUCUUUCUUAUAUUCUUUCAUCGAGUUUCUUCAUUCUUUUUCUAUCUUUCAUUAGAGUGAGAAACUUUCCUCUUUUUCUUUCUUUCUUAAGUUUUUGUUCCAUUUAUUUAGACAGUGAGUAUCUUCGUUCUUUUUUUUUUACUUUCUUUCUUUCCUUUCUUUCUUCGUUCUUUCUCUUUGUUUCUUUCUUUACAAUCUUUAAUUCUUUCUUUUAUUUCGAAAGUCAAUCUCUUUGGUCUUUUUCGUUCUUUCUUACGUUCUUUCUUUUUUUUCCCUACCUUCUUUUUUCCUUUUCUUUAAACAGUAAACAUUUUCUUUCUUUCUUUCUUUCUUUCUUUCUUUCUUUCUUUCUUUCUUCUUUCUUUCUUCUUUCUUUCUUUCUUUCUUUCUUUCCAAUCGUCACACCACCAUUUCUCUCUUCCUUUCCUUCCUUCUUUCUUUCUUUUAUUGAGACAGUGAAUUUCUUCGUUCUUUCUCUUUUGAACAUUUUCAUCUUUCUUUUUUUCUUUCUUUCUUUCUUUCUUUCUUUCUUUCUUUCUUUCUUUCUUCUAUUUAGACCGAGAGUUUCUUUGUUGUUUUCUUCCUUUCUUUACUUUCUUUCUUCAUUUUAUUUAGACAGUUUCUCUCUUCAAAGUGAGUUUAUUCGUUUUUCUUCUUUCUUCCUUUUUUCUUUUAUUUAUACAGCGAGAUCUUCGUCUCUUUUUCUUUUUAUCUUUCUUUACGUUCUUUCUUUCUUUCGUUUAGACAGUGAUGAUUUUCUUCGUUUUUUUCUCUCUAUCUUUCUUUCUUUACAUUCUUCCUUUAUUUCUCUGACCGUCAGUUUAAUUUCUUCUUUCUUUCUUUCUUUCUUUCUUUCUUUCUUUCUUUAUUUAUUUUCUUUACUUUCUUUCUUUCUUGUUGACGGUGAGGAUCUUCGUUCUUUUUCUUUGCUUACUUUCUUUUAUUUAGACAGUGAGUUUCUUCAUUCUUUUUCUUGCUUUCUUUCUCAGUUAUUAUAUUCGUUAUUUUUCUUUCUUUUUCUUUUAUUUAGUUCUUUAAUUUCCUUCUUUUUAUUUGACAGUGAGUUUCUUUGUUCUCUUUCUUUAUUUUUUUUAUGUCGUUCAUUUAGAUUGUCAAUGUAUCCUUUCUCUUUUCUCCUCUUUACAUCAAUCCUCCCUUCCUCUCUUAAUUCCGUCCUUAUUUUCUUUCUUUCUAACUUCUUUUCUACUGAGUUUUUUGUUCUUUUUUCUUUCUCUCUUUUAUUCUGCAUUUUCUUUCUUUACUUCUUUGAUUUAAACAGUGAGUUUCAUCAUCUUCCUUUUUCCCGCCUUCGUUCGUUCCUUUCUCCAUUUUUUCUUUCCUCCCUUCUUUCCUUCCUUCUUCCUUCCUUUGUUUGUUGCUUUCAUUUUUCCUUUCUUUCUUUUUUUUCUAUAGUGACACCAUUCGUUCGUUUUCUUUCGUUGUUUUCUUUUUUAUUAAAAUCUACUCUCGCUAUCUCUUUCAUUCUACUAUUUAUUAAAUCUCUUGCUAUCUAUCUAUCUAUCUAUCUAUCUAUCUAUCUAUCUAUCUAUCUAUGUCAAGCGAUCUCAAUUUAUUCAAUGUCUGUUAAAAUAAUUCAAUUUAUCUACGAUUCUGUCCGUAUCUAUCUAUCUAUCUAUCUAUCUAUCUAUCUAUCUCAUUCUUCCAUUCGUAUCUAUCUAUCUAUCUAUCUAAUUCUUUUCAUCUAUCUAUCUAUCGAUCUAUCUAUCUAUCUUAUUCUUCUGUUCCUGUAUGUCUGUAUAUCCA